CAACGGUAAGUAAAAGGCAACAAAUCAAUGGAUGUGGGGUUUUAACGCGCAGUCAGCUCGAAGAGAUUUGGAAAACUCUUCGUCAGACAUUUCCAAGAGUCGAAACUAUGAAUUGGGUUCAGCGCAAGAUCUAUCUCUACAACGUCACUUUCGAACUUUACAUGUUAGAUUGGUGGGAGCGUUGUCUCUUCAAUACUCUGGUGGUUGUGUUGAUGUGGUUUGUUUGCCGCAAUGGGUUUCGUUCUGCUACUGAGUUUUGCAAAAGGAAUUUAUGGUGACUUCAGGAGCCAUAGGACUUUCAAAUCCUUAUGGGCCCGUUCAACGGUAAUUAAUAGGCGACAAAUCAAUGGAUGUGGGGUUUUAACGCGCAGUCAGCUCGCAGAGAUUUGGAAAACUCUUCGUCAGACAUUGCCAAGAUUCGAAACUAUGAAUUGGGUUCAGCGCAAGAUCUAUCUCUACAACGUCACUUUCGGACUCUACAUGUUAGAUUGGUGGGAGCGUUGUCUCUUCAAUACUCUGGUGGUUGUGUUGAUGUGGUUCGUUUGCCGCAAUGGGUUUCGAUCUGCUACUGAGUUUUGCAAAAGGAAUAUAUGGUGACUUCAGGAGCCAUAGGACCUUCAAAUCCUUAUGGGUAAUUGUAGUUUGGAAUUGUACUGGAUAUACUUGAGGAUUUUUUACAUGAUUGUCAAUUUUCUCUCUCAUCUGCAAUGUGAACUUGCACAAAUGUCUUAGCAUCUUAUAAAAUUUAUCUGUUUGUCUUCUCGUUGGUCUUAUAAAAGCUGAUUUUUUUUCUU